CUUCGUCCCGAGACUGUGUGUGUGUGUGUGUGUGUGUGUGCGUGUGUGCGCGCGCGCGUGCGUGCGUGCGUGUAGCUCUACUGUUAACUUUGUGCAAUAUUUUACAAGGGAGCCAUUAACCAUGUCUAAAAGGCGACAAUUUGUCAGACACCCAAAUAAAUGCACUCUUUUCUUUCUGCCUCUCUCUCUGAGAAGUGAGAACGACGUUCCCAUGGCCAAAAAUUUAUACAAUUUGCUUUUUUUUCCUAGUACUGCAACAACCCAGCAAUUCCUCUAUGGCUCUUAGACUUCUCAUGCCACGGAUGGGUUUUUUUUUUUUUUUUCUUUCUUCCAAUUUUUACUAGAACCGUUUUGAUCAAGAGUCGGAGAAGUUAACGUUGGAAGGUAGAGUGAGUGGACUUUGAGUACGUGCAAGAGGAGGAUGGAGAAGGUUGAUGAAGAAGAGGGGCAGAGGAAGAGGAAAAUAAGCUCUGGAGAGGAAGUGAAUAGUGGUGAUGACUGUAAAAAUGGCGGUGGAGCUGAAGUGGGUUGGCAGCGGAAAAUGUACAAGACCCAAAAGGGUGAAGAAAGUUUGGCAACUGGGAUUCUGGAAUUUGGAGUUGAAGAAGAGCUUGACGGGUGGUUUGGCGGAUCUGCUACUGCCAAUGCCGGUGGCGUUCCGAGUGUUGGGGACGAAAUUGCUCGCCUUUUCGGUGAAGUCAGUGGUGGCGCUGGGUUUGGUCUGAACGGCGAAGUUUUGGACUUCUGGGAUGGCAAAGAUGGCCAAGGUACUGUUGGUGGAGUCAGUGGACCUGCAUGUCAAAUUGGCUCUCAACUUUUCGACAGUGAAGAAAUUCGAAAUGUGUUUGGUGAAGGAGGCCCUAACGGUGAAAACAUUGAACUAUUGGGUGGUGAACACUCUUACAGAGUUGACACCAAGAAUGCUAGUCAAAAUUUUGGUGGAGAUGAUGAAUUUCAAGACGGGUUCGUUGAAAAUGGGAGUCAUGUACGAAAUCUCAAUAGUAAAGAAGUUGGAGGCUUGCUCAGUGAGAAUGCAUGUAGAAAUCUUCAAGUAAAUAUUCGUAUUCAUGGUGGGUAUGAGGAAAAUAGACUUGGAAGUGGCGGUGGAGAGGAGGUUGUGAAGUCGAAAGGUAAGCGAGGUCGGCCAAAAGGAUCGAAGAACAAAACAAAAGCAGUUAGUACUGCAGAGAGUGUUCAAGGAUUGGGUGAAGUUGCUAGUGAUAGUAAUGGUGGAAAUAAUGUUAUGAGGCUGAAGGGCAAGCGAGGUCGUCCAAAGGGUUCAAAGAAUAAGUGUAAAAAUCUUCAUCGACCAAAGGGUUUGUCGAAAAGUAAAGAUCUUGAAGGUCAGAAAGAUCAUGAAAUGGUAGGGGAAGUAGUGAGCAUUUGUGAAGACGGUGGUGUGGUAAGACCAAAGGGUUCAAAGAAUAAGAUGAAAAAUGAAGUAUCCGAUGGUAAUGAGAAUAAAAAUGAGAUUGUUUGCUCGAAACGAAAGCGUGGUCGACCAAAAGGUGCAAAGAAUAAGAAGAAAAAGCUAGCUAGUGAAGAAAAUCAUGGACUUCUCAGCAAAAACAUAGAUGAAAUUGGUAAUGGUUGUGAAAUUGGUCCAUCACCAAAAUUGGAGAAUGAGGGGACUAAGCCUUUUGGUGAAGAUGCAAGUGAAAGGCGUGGUGUUGAAUCCACUUGUAAGAAUACAGGUGGAAGUGAAUCUUUGCUGUCGAAGAAAAAGCGUGGCCGACCAAAGGGUCUCAAGGUUAAGAGGGAAAAUCCUGGUGCAGAAGAAAAACAAGAAGCUCCUGGUGAAGUCAUGUUUGGUGAUCAUGGUGGUCAUCAGUCAAUGGACUUGGAAAAUGACAGGCCUGCUUCUCUGGAUGAGGGAAAUUCAUUAAUACCUGUGGCUGUCGAAGCUUAUGUUGGUAAUGAUUUCAGAAGUCAGAUUAUCCGAUCAAAGAAAAAGCCUGAUAGAGCAAAGUGUUUCAAGGAUAAGAGGGAAAUUCCUGCUGCAGAAGAUAAACAAGAAGCUCCUGGUGAAAUCAUGUGUGAUGAUCAUGAUAGUCAUCAGUUAAUGGGCUUGGAAUAUGAGAGGCCUGCUUUUCUGGAUGCGGGAAAUUCAGGACUACCUGUGGAAGUUUAUGGUGGUGAUGAAUUCAGAAGCGAGAUUAUCCAAUCAAAGAGAAAGGCAGGUAGACCAAAGGGUUCAAAGAAUAGGAAGAAAAAUCUUGCUGGUAAAGAAAACCAGGAAAUUCCUGUUGGUAGUGGAGGUGGAAGUGAGACUGUGCAACGGAAAAAUGGAAGAGGCAGACCUAAGGGUUCCAAAAACAAGGGACUAAUUAUUGCAGUAAAAGCAGAUCAGAGUCAAGGAGGGGAAAAUAUUUGUGAAAAUAUAUCAAAGACUAAAGGAUGCCAACCAAGAGGUUCAAAGAGCCAAGAAGGGGAAAAUGUUUGUGAAAAUAUAUCAAAGACUAAAGGAUGCCAACCAAGAGGUUCAAAGUUUAGGAGAAGGAUUCUUCUUCCUGGGGCUUUAAAUAAAAUUUUAGCCCUGAAGCAUCAAAAUGAAGAGGAUUUGAAAAACAUAGGAUUUCGAGAUAAGCAGCUGAGGGAUACCACGCAAAUAGAAACGAAACCUAAUCAGUUGAAAUCUAGAUUCAGCAAUUUUCAGAAGAGGCCUAGAGGGAGACCCAGGAAGUUGAACAAACAGCAAAGAGAUUCCAGGGUCAUUGGAGAACGAAAAUCAACUGAGAUAUUGGAUGAUAGUUGCAGGAGUUUACUGUGCCACCAAUGCUUGCGGAAUGAUAGAAGUGGUGUUGUCAUCUGUUUGAAUUGUGAAAGAAAACGCUAUUGCUAUGAGUGCCUUGCUAAGUGGUACCCAAACAAAACAAGAAAGGAUAUAGAGAUGGCUUGUCCAUAUUGCUGUGGUAAUUGCAAUUGCAGAAUAUGCCUCAAGGAGGAUUUAGUUGUCUUGGCCGGGUAUGAAGAAGCAGAUACACGUAUCAAAUUGCAAAAGUUGCUUUACUUGCUACACAAAACUCUGCCUCUCCUUAGGCAUAUUGAAAGGGAGCAAAGCUCUGAAUUAGAUGUUGAAGCGUGUAUUCGUGGUGUCCAAUUGACGGAAAAGGAUGUUAAAAGGUCUGUACUUGAGGAUGAUGAUCGAGUGUAUUGUGACAACUGCAAGACAUCCAUUGUCAAUUUCCAUAGAAGCUGCCCCAAUCCAAAUUGUUCUUAUGAACUCUGUCUCGCUUGUUGCUGGGAACUAAGAAAAGGAUUUCGACCUGGCGGUAGUGAAGCAGAAUCUUCUAACAAACAUUUUUGUGGAAGAAUAGGCGGUCAAGGUAUAGAUUCAAAUCUUCAGGUUCUUGCAAAUGGAGAGAAAGCUGCCUCACAGAGUCAAGUGGUGAGUUCAAUAAAUGACUGUGUGGAUGUUAUGCCAUGGGACUCUACUGAUUGGACAGCAGAGGCUAAUGGUGCGAUACCUUGUGCUCCAAAAGCACAGGGAGGUUGUGGCACCACGUUACUUGAAUUGAGACGUAUCUUUGAAGUUAACUGGGUCAAUGAACUAAUUCAGAAUGCAGAGCACCUAACUGUCAAUUAUCAGCCAUCUGAUAUGGAUAUUUCCCAAGGAUGUUCAUUGUGCCAUACUACCAAUUCUGUGGGAAAUGGAAUAGAAGAAUCUCAAGUGAGGAAGGCAGCUUAUAGGCAGAACAGUCAUGAUAACUUUCUCUACAGCCCAAAUGCAAUUCAUUUGGAAGAAAAUGAAAUUGAGCAUUUUCAAUUGCACUGGAUGAGAGGUGAACCUGUUAUAGUUAGAAAUGUACUUGAAAAGGCUACUGGUCUUAGCUGGGACCCAAUGGUUAUGUGGAGGGCUUUCAUGGGAGCAAAAAGAGUGUUAAAAGAGGAGGCAGUCAGGGUAAAAGCUAUUGAUUGCCUUGAUUGGUGCGAGGUUGAGAUAAAUAUCUUUCAGUUCUUCAAGGGCUACCUAGAGGGCCGUAGGUAUCGUAAUGGCUGGCCAGAGAUGUUGAAACUGAAAGACUGGCCUGCAUCAAAUUCUUUUGAAGAGUGUUUACCAAGGCAUGGUGCUGAAUUUAUCUCCAUGCUUCCCUUCAGUGAGUACACCAAUCCUAGGUCAGGUGUUUUGAAUCUUGCUACAAAACUUCCUGCUGUCUUAAAGCCUGACUUGGGACCCAAGACAUAUAUUGCUUAUGGAUGUAUUGAAGAGCUUGGAAGCGGUGAUUCAGUAACAAAACUACAUUGUGACAUUUCUGACGCGGUUAAUGUGCUGAUGAAUACAAAUGAAGUAAAAAUUCCUCCAGCACAGUGCAAUACUAUAAAAAAAUUACAGCAGGAAUAUGAAAAUGAAGAUUUGCAUAAGCACAGUGUUGGGACAGACAAGCCUUUGGGUAAAUGUAACAGAAAGCAACCAAAAAGGCCUUGUAAGAAUAAAGACUUACGGCUUGAUUUUUCUGAUAUUGCGGACACCAUUGAGAAUGAUGACUCCUUACAGCAUGGGCAAUGUCUAGAGGAGGAAAAACGAGAUGCAGAACAGGAAAAAAUGGGUAUAGAUGCAAAGUUCGUUAAGGCUGCAUGUUCUCUGGAAUGUCCUCUAACAGUUAGUGUUAGCUCUGAUGGCCAACAAUUGACGGGAGAUAUGAAUGAAAGAAUUCCAAGUUUCGAAUUUCACAUAGGUGAUUCCAUCACCUCAGUUUUUGGUGAGGAUGGUAAGAGUACACGCAGCAUGGUUGAAAAAGAGAUGGAUUUGAAAAAAUAUUCUACAGUUAAAAGGUCUGGUAGCUUAGACAAGCUGGAUGCUCAAUUCAGGAUCAACUUAGACUCCCAUUAUUCCACCAAAAGUAGGAGAUUUUCUGCUUUUUCUUUAGCUGAUGGGGAGGAUUCAGGCUCCAAGAAUCCUUCAGUGAGCGGAAAGGUUGCUAAUGAUAUUGUUCUUUUACAAGCUGGAACUGAUUCUGGGGCCAGCUGCCCUGCUGCUAAAGAAUUUGGUUCUGCAUAUGAAUGCAAUGCUAAAAAUGAAGUGAUUGAAAGAGUUCCAUGUAAUGAACACGUUCAGCCUUCAGAUGUGCCAUCAGAAAUGAAGUGUUUCAAAAAGGAAAAUUUCAUGGGAAAAACUUGUUCGGGCAAUGAAAUGGACAUCGUAGAGUCUGUUGAACCUGCCUUAAGUUCAGCUGGUGGCCUUCAGAGAAAUGAUACUUUGGAGGUGGUGUAUGGAGGUGCUGUUUGGGACAUUUUUCGUCGAGAAGAUGUACCCAAGUUGAUUGAGUACCUAGAAAAGCAUAAAAAAGAAUUCCGUCACAUCAAUAAUCUUCCUGUGAAUUCUAUUAUUCAUCCUAUUCAUGAUCAGACCCUUUAUCUGAAUGAGAGGCAUAAAAAGAAGCUGAAGGAAGAGUUUGAUGUUGAACCUUGGACGUUUGAGCAAUACCUUGGUGAGGCUGUUUUCAUUCCUGCUGGAUGCCCACAUCAAGUGAGAAAUAGACAGUCAUGCAUUAAAGUGGCCCUUGACUUUGUUUCCCCUGAGAAUGUACAAGAAUGCAUUCGGUUGACAGAGGAGUUUCGCAAGCUUCCGAAAACACAUAGAUACAAGGAGGAUAAACUAGAGGUGAAAAAGAUGGCACUAUAUGCUGCAAAUGAUGCUAUACGUGAAGUUCAAAAUCUGAUGUCAAACGUUGAUGAUAGUUCUCAGCAACCUUGCGGUUCAUUAAGUGGAGACAAGGAAGCAUAGAAACAGCCAUUUUCAACAGACACCAUGCCGUCAGAAGCAAAUUAUCUUUACUGUAAAGAAACUAGUUGUUGUUCUAUCGCUGAGCAUCUCCGACAUUGCCUGAGUCAUGAUCCAUAACUAACAAUUCUACUAACUCUAUAGUCUAGUAAUGCUUAGAAUUACAUGUUUGUGUGUUAGUUUUCUCUGCAAUGUUGUAAAACGUAGCGAGAUGCUUUGCUCUUUGUCAUCGAAGAGGUGUUUUUAGGCCUUUCGGCUGCAGUGUAUUAUAUUUAUUGUAAUGAACUAUUUCCAUAUCAAUACCAACUCACCCUUUCCCUUUUA